GACGCAGGAGCAGAGUGGUAAAUUCAAAAUCUCUUCGGCGUUUGGACGGUAAUUUAGUUCAUUUCAGGUUUUUUUUAAAAAAAAAAAGUUUGUGUAUUUUGUUCAUAAAAUUUCGUCGUGAAGGAUUUAAAUUCAGGAUACGAACGGCCGACUUGCGACCAGAUCGGUUUACGACUAGUCAGUCAUCACCAAACGCAGUCAAAAACGUGAGAGCAUGCCUAUGGACGACGCCUCUGAGCUCCUCAAAUACUAUGAGGUUUAUGAAACCAUUGGAUCAGGUGGUUUUGCGAAGGUUAAACUCGGCAGACACAUCCUGACAGGCGAGCAAGUGGCCAUCAAAAUCAUGGAAAAGAAAGUUCUUGGAGAUGACCUGCCUCGCGUGAAGACGGAGAUCGAAGCUAUGAAGAACCUCAGUCAUCAGCACGUGUGUCGCCUUUACCACGUCAUUGAGACGCCCAACAAGAUAUACAUGGUGCUUGAGUAUUGUCCUGGAGGAGAGCUGUUUGAUUACAUCGUAGCGAAAGCCCGUCUGUCGGAGGACGAGACUCGUGUGUUCUUCCGUCAGAUCGUAUCGGCGCUGGCCUACGUCCACAGUCAGGGAUACGCCCACCGUGACCUCAAGCCUGAAAACCUACUGAUUGAUGAGGAUCACAAUCUGAAGCUGAUUGACUUUGGGCUCUGCGCCAAACCAAAGGGUGGUCUCGGUUAUGAACUUAUGACAUGCUGUGGAAGCCCUGCCUACGCAGCCCCGGAACUCAUCCAGGGCAAAUCAUAUAUCGGUUCAGAGGCGGAUGUUUGGAGUAUGGGCGUGCUGCUGUUUGCGCUGCUGUGCGGCUAUCUCCCGUUUGACGAUGAUAACUGUAUGGUGCUGUACAGAAAAAUCACAAAAGGCCAUUAUGAAAACCCUCACUGGCUGUCUCCUGGAAGUGUACUGCUCCUUAACCAGAUGAUGCAGGUGGAGCCAAAGAGGCGUUUAACAGUCAGGCAGCUUCUGGCUCACCCCUGGGUGAUGAAGGGGUACAGCAGCCCUGUGGAGUGGUACAGCACGCGUCCGCUUGGAUAUAUUGAUGAAGACUGCAUCACUGAGAUGGCUGUGACGUUCAAGCGGUCCAAAGAGACCACAAUCCAUCUGGUAUCAGAGUGGAAAUAUGACCAGACCACUGCUACGUAUCUGUUACUGCUGGCGAAGAAGCAGCGCGGGAGACCCGUGCGUCUCAGAGCAGACGUGACGGCACACAACCCCAUGUGCUCUCCUGUCCAGGAGGUCCAGUUAAAAAAGAGGCUGCAUUUCACUGGGGAUGAAGCUGAUGAUGUUGAAGAUGAAGGCACGCAGAGAGCCGUGUUGGGGUCCAUGGUUUUCCCUGCUGAGUGCUACGAUGACGAUAACGCCUGGGUUCCGUUAAUGCCACGGCGCACACAGAACACACACACUCCAUGCAAAAAGCCCACCUGUCAAUCAUCAGAGAAGAGGCGGAAUGAAAUAUGCCCGUCCCCUAUCAUAGAGCAAGCAAAGCAACGCCCAUGGAACAGUGAGAAGCGUGAACGGACAAGAGAGAAUAAGGAGAACUUGGCAGUGCCCAAUGCCAACGGUGGCGUUUUCGCUCUGCCCGCCCCCAUCACUCCAGCAUCCAAUCGGAAAUGUCGGCCCAACAAAACGGCUCCAACAUCACCUGUUAUUAACAUGCACAAACCAGUGGAAGUCUGUGUUCAAGUGGUGAGCCAGAGGACUGGAGAACAGCAACAGCAGGGAGGAAAAGAGAUCCUCGUCUUCAGCCCGGAGAGAAGGUCUCGCUCUCUGGACAUGGCGGGAUGUCAGGUGGACAGCGGGCAGAAGCGGAAGGCAGGGAAAGUGUUCGGCAGUUUGGAGCGAGGCCUGGACAAAGUGAUCACCAUGCUCACGCCGAGCAAGAGGAAGGGGCCGAGGGACGGACCACGCAGGAUAAAGGCGCAGUACAAUGUGACAUUGACGGACCAGAAUAAUGCAGACCAUGUACUGAAUCAAAUCCUGAGUGCUUUACCAGAGAAGAACGUGGACUAUGUGCAGAAAGGUUACACACUGAAGUGUCGCACGAAGUCGGACUUCGGUAAGGUGACGAUGGAGUUCGAGUUGGAGGUGUGUCUCCUGCAGAAACCCGAGGUUGUGGGAAUCCGGCGGCAGAGGCUUAAAGGAGAUGCCUGGGUCUACAAACACCUGGUGGAAGACAUCCUGUCCACCUCCAGCGUCUGAGCAAGCGUGACCUCGCUCCCUGUGUCCAGCGCGCGUCACUACUACGUCACUUUUCACUAACAUUUGAUAUUCGGUGCAACCUGAGUUUCACCUCGCGUCUUACUUCCGAUCACUGAUUUUGUGUGGGGGUUUUUUUUGUUUUAUUUGUGAAGAUGAAACGGAUGCUUUCUGUCCAGGAAAGAAACGAAUUGCACACUUCUGUCCUAAUCGGCUUUCCAGCAUCACGCGGAGCUGUUUUAAUGAUCGGCAUACUUGAGUUUACGUUCUAAGCCCAAAAGCAUGAUCCUACUAAUCUUAGUGUCUUGUGUGGGUAUGUCUUGUCCUGUUUGUAUCAUGUUGAUGUAUUUUUUUUUUAAAUUUUUUUGACAUUCUUCUAAAAUGUAUUGUUACGUCAUGUGUUUUAUGCCUGUCUUGCAGUCCAGUUUUAUAAAAUUAAAAUAAGCAGUUUACAAAAA